AUUGGUAGGUCAUUUCGUGAGCAGAUGAUAACAACUAGUUGCUACUAGAUUACUCAUCAAUUAGUUUGCUUCCUUAACGAAAGUUUGUUGUCACUCACUCACUUAUUCAAGUCAAACUUGGAUAAGAUUUAAUUCUUGCCUAUGAUGUAAAGUACAAUAAUGCUACUACUACUGUUGUGAACAAGAACACGAGUGGGGACAACCGAAUAUCUUUGAACACUAAAUUACAGAGCAUCUCACUAAAAUCUGAAAACCAUACAAUAAAUACUUAAUUUGCAAAAUCCCAAUCAGUUGUCUCAAAAUUGACUGUUUCUUCGGAAAUAACAGUCCAUCGUCGCCGAUUUCAUUGUUCCUGCAUUUUAAUAUCAAUUGCUUUCCGUUCCCGCUCUCUCCUUCUCGAUCUUCUACUAAAAUACUUUAUGUUCCUGACUAUUGUUAUAUACUACCUAUGUGGAUAUAAAUAGCUCGCACCACACUAGUACUACUACUGAUCGGUUUCCAAUAUCGAAAUAAAUAAAAUUCAAGGUUCAAAACUGGAAUCUAAUAGUUUAAAGUUGAACGGCUUAACUACGAAGCUAUCUAUCAUUAAGAAUUGCAUAUUGAUUCACACAAUAAAUAUUUCAUGAUUGCUUCUCCUUAUAUCUGUCGAAUGAAAUUAUAUGAAAACAUUGAUGAGGUGAACAAAAUGAUUUGUAUCCUAAUGUUAUAUAUAUAUAUAUAUAUAGGCACGUAUGUGUUAUUUACCUGACACUUUAUGCUUAGGAAACAAUUUACAAAGAACCAAAAAUUCAUCAUGUAGACGUGUUCGAUAUCGAUCAAAUUCAUUUAAUUCAUUCGCUUGUCAACAAAGUGAACAAAUGGCUGGGACAAUACAAUUAUUUUAUUUGUAUGAAGAUAAAAUUCAAAGAAUAUGUACAACCUUGCUACUUCAAAAGAAGACGUAAAGAAAUCACAAACACCUGAAAGAAUGGUCGAUAAAAUUCACCUUAGUUUUAUAGAUCAUCCAGUUGGACAUGUAAAGAUUAAAAAUUUAAAUAAUUGGGAUUUUAACAUUUUUCAUUUAAAACGAAUAACUUCUAACUAUACCAUUCGUGAUAUUGGUUUACAAAUAAUGAAUGAAUAUGAUUUAUUUCAUAAAUUAAAAUUGGACUAUUUCAUGAUGGCUAGAAUAUUCAGCUCUAUAGAAGCAGCUUAUCACAAUUUUAAUCCGUAUCAUACAGCGUUGCAUGCAGCCGAUGUACUACAAGCAAUGCAUUGUUUUAUAUCACAAAGUCAACUUCUGACCAUUUUAAGUCCGACAGAAAUUUUCGCUAGUCUAUUGGCAACCGCUUUACAUGAUGCUGAUCAUCCCGGUGUAAAUCAAUCCUAUUUAGAGAAGACAGGUGAUUUUUUGGUUGAUUUAUAUAAAUCGGUUUCUGUAUUGGAAAAACAUCAUGCAAAAUUUGGUUUAUGCAUUCUUCAAGAAAAUGGAUUAUCUAAUGCAUUAGAAUUAAAAGAUUGGGAAUUCGUGCGUGACUGUUUUUUAAAAUUAAUUCCAGCUACUGAUAUUACAUAUCAAGGAGUAUAUCAAAAACAAUUCAAAGAUUUAACAAACUAUCAUAUGGCUAAUCCAUCUUUAUCAUAUACAAUAUCUGAUCGCCUGUUAAUCAUGCAAAUGGCCUUAAAAUGUUCAGAUAUAAGUAAUCCCUGUCGAGUUUGGCCAAUAUGUAAAGAAUGGGCAAUACGUGUUUGUUGUGAAUUAUUUUGUCAAGGUGAUAGAGAACGUUUUCAAUGGUCAUUACAGCCUAUACCAACAAUGGAUCGCACAAAAUUUACUUUAGCAAGAAUACAAAUUGGAUUUAUUAGAGAUAUGGUGAAACCAUUAUUAACUGGAUGGCAUGAAUUUUUUCAGAAUAAUCUUACACUGAAAAUUUUACAAAAUUUAGAUGAAAAUUUAAAAAAUUGGCUAACUGAUUUAUCUUCUUCUUCAUCAUCAUCGUCAGGAAUAACAACUUAUGUUAAUCGUCAUAAUUCAUUAGACAGUCAACUGACAUCAACAUUACCACUUAGUUACAAUAAUAAUCAAUCUAUUUCAACAAUUCAUUAUUUAGAUCAAAUUAAACAAAAAACUAUCAAAUCAGAGAAAUUGGAUCAAAAAAAUAUAAUUGAUUUACAAAACCUUUUAUAG